CGGACCAUUACGGUUGCCGGAUUGGUUUGAUACGUGUGCAAGAUGAUGUUACGGUUCGCUGGGGUGAUCUGCCUGGUGCUGGCUAGUUGCGUAUCUGCUGUGCCGAGAAGAUUGGGCGCUCGUGUCGUCGGUGGAAGUGACACCACGAUCGAGGACCAUCCCCACUUAGUGUCGCUUCGCCGGCUUCACAAGCACAGCUGCGGAGGCGCUAUCCUGAACACGAACACCAUCUUAACGGCGGCACACUGUGUUGACUAUUCGGAUCUGGAACCGUCCGAUUAUGAAGUGCGUGCUGGAUCAACACUGCGCAAUGAAGGAGGCCAGCUAGUUGUGGUCUCCCAGAUCCAUACCCAUCCGGACUAUAACGACUGGACGUUGGAGUGGGACAUCGCCGUGCUAAAGCUCGCCAGCCCGUUGCAGUUGGGCACCGGAGUGCAAGCAAUCGAUCUACCCCUGCGUACGUUCAGCGUCGCCGAAAACACCGGUGUAUCUCUGGCCGGAUGGGGAGCGCUUUACUACCAAGGACCAUCCACAAACCAUCUACAGCAUGUGACGCUGCCGAUCGUGAGCAACAGUCGGUGUGGCAUCGCGUAUCAGAACUUUGCACCGAUUCUGCCCUUCCACAUCUGCGCCGGAUCCAAGGGCAUGGACGCUUGCCAGGGUGAUUCAGGUGGUCCACUCGUCUACCAGAACCAGGUGAUCGGAAUCGUGUCUUGGGGAUACGGCUGUGCUUUCGACAACUACCCCUCCGUCUACACGAGGGUAUCCGAGUUUGUGGAUUUCAUCACCGAGCGGCUUUAA